AUGACUCAUUUCUCUCAGGAACUCAUUGUAGGAAGCCUAAUCUGCAUGAAAGAACUGGGUGGUGAAAUUUUUGAAUAUGCAGUUGCUAAGGAGCUGUCCUUUAGCUUUUCGCCCAUUUAUUAUUAUGGACAAAUAUUGCGAGUAACUGAUGAGCCUGCCCCAUCUGUCAGAUGGAUCCGUGACAAGAACUCAAGAGAUGCCAUGAAUAUGAAGGUAGAUGUGUGGACCUUUGGAUACAACAGCAAACCGGCGCAGGGAAUGCCAACAGUGAUCGAUGUAUUUGUACAGGUUACAAAGCAAAAAGAUGGUGUUGAUCAAAAAUUAGAUGAAACACUUCGCCAUUGGCUUAGUGGCGUGCCCAUUUUGUAUGAAGCGCCUGCCAUCUUCGUAUUCGUUAGUCGAUACCCCGUUAGCAUCCCGGGCUGUGUUGAAUUGAAAAACGGGAUAGUGACGUUUGUAGGAGUAAGAACGCGUGGCCAACAGAAUCGGACGAGGGAACAGAGACCACAACACUGGUUAAUAGUUCUUUCUGAGAGCCAGUUAAAUAAUACUGUAAUUCCACUUCUCGAACUUGUGGACAACCCCCCAGCUGAUAUUAAGGAAAAGUACGGUUUCGAAUAG